CUUCCGUUACAGGCUUGCAAACUCUUAAUGGAUGAUUACGAACAGGUCCGGAGCGUCGCAGUGCAGCUCACCUGGGUCCUUAGCCAGCUUUACGCAGAAAGCAUUGUCCCCAUCCCAUCUUCCAAUGAAGAAAUCCGGCUGGUGGACGAUGCUUUUGGGAAGAUCUGUCACAUGGUCAGCGACGGCUCCUGGGUUGUGAGAGUCCAGGCUGCGAAGCUGUUGGGAUCUAUGCAGCAAGUUAGUUCUCAUUUUUUAGAGCAGACCUUGGACAAGAAGCUGAUGUCGGAUUUGAGGGUACGGUAUUCUGUUUUGUUUUGUGCUGGGGCUUAUAUACCUGUACAUCCAACUCCUGGGACUGGAGGUUGCACAGUUGAUUCUUUGGAAUGCUUUCUGCUUUUAUUUUAUUACUGUAUCCCACCCCUACUCAAUCUCUCCUCUCCCCU